UUUUAAUCCGUAGUUAUCACUUUCUCUCACCGACCACUUUUUUCUGAUCAAAUUUCUUACAAACACUCAGUUUUAUAAAAACCCAGCUUUUGUUGUUCAGACUCUUUCAACCGUCACCUUCUGUUUAACUCCAUAAAGCUUACUAAACCCAAAGAAGAGAAGCCAAAAACAUCUGCUUUUUUCUUCUUCUUGUUCUGGGUUUUUUUGGUUUCGAGAAGAGCUUUUUUUUAAUCACAAGAUUACAGAAACAAGAAAGAGAGAGUUGGGUUUUUGAGUUUGUGUCAUUUUGGUUGGUGGGUAAGAGAGUUUGUCAGCUCUUUCUAUAUAGCUGGUUUGGUUUUUUUUGGCUCAACCGGUGUCGUUUUAUGGGUUUGGAGUAGUGAGCUUUGCCUUGUUUUCUUGAGUUUGAAAGAGUUAGAUUCAUAGUUGGUGAAAUGGGUGAAGCUGAGAACAGUUCAGUGCUUAGAAGAACACUCAAGAGUCUUUGUGUUAGUAAUGGUUGGUCUUAUGGCGUUUUCUGGUGUUUCGACCAAAGAAAUCCCAUGCUGUUGUCUCUUGAAGAUGCCUACUUUGAGGACCCAGUUGGAGCUGUCAUUGAAAAUAUGCUAUUAAAAGUCCAUAUGCUUGGAGAAGGAAUUAUUGGUCAAACUGCUUUAAAUGGGAAGUACCAAUGGAUUCAAGCUGAUGGGCCAAGUGGGGAAUGGAAUUCCUUCAGAUCUACUGAAAAUAAACACACAUUUCAGGAUGAUUCUGAGGUUUGCUAUCAGUUUUCCUCUGGAAUAAAGACCAUUGUGGUAGUACCGGUUGAACCACGAGGACUAGUACAGUUUGGAUCUACUGAGAAGAUAUCUGAAAGAUUGGACUUUGUGGAUCAAACAAUGAGGCUCUUUCAGGAAACCGAAAAUCUUGAUGUGUUUAGCACAUUGGAAAAUGCUAAUUCAUAUGAAAAAGUAGAAACCUAUGACAUAAAUGGAUUGUUUGCUUCCUUAAUCUCAUCCCAAAAUUCGAGUAACGAGUUCAUUCCAGUUUUUGGUGAUGACAAUUACAAACAGUCUGGGGAAAACAAUUGCUCUGCAUUGAACUCUAAUCAAUGCUCGCCUUCUGUAUCUGAUAUUCAUUGUGAAAAGAUGACAUUUUCAAACAAAAGUGCAGCUUUUCUUGAUAAGCAGCUGCAAGUUGCUGGAAGAGAAGUGGAUGACUUCUUCUGUGAUAGAUCCAUAUCACUGUUGGAGCAGGCGUUUUCUUUUAACAGUGAUUCUGCUGCUACAAAAUCUUGCAUCAGUACUAGAAGUAGCGAAUAUCCUACUCUGGCUUCAUUGAAUCAAGAGUUGGUAUCUGAAUCAAGGAUUCAAGAUUCUUCAGAUGCAAUUCUUUUACGAGGAAAUUCUCUCGCGCCUUGCAAAAUUCAGGAGGAUGCUUCUUUGUACAGCGCUGGAAAUGUGAUGGACAAUCAGCAACAGCAGCAGCCCUUGUCCUCAGAUUUUGCAACCCAAAGUUGUCUUUCUGAAAAAGCUAAUUGCUUGAACCGAUUUCCUGAGAAGUUAUUCGAGGAGUUUGAGCCAGCGGAUUUCAGAACAGAUCUCUUUAAUAUCGGGCAAUUGGAUGAUCUUUCCCAGUGGUUUGCCUCAUCACCGGAUCAGACCAUUAAUCAAAUGAUAAAUGCCUUGAAUGGUGAUCUGACACAAUUGGUUGAAAGUACUACUUCAACAUCUGCUUCUCUUGCUGGAGGUGAUAUGGCAAUCCAACAACACCAAGCCAAAUCUACUCAAAGCUAUGUUAAGCAUACACUCAGUGCUGAAGAACAAGAGAAAUCUGGUAUCAUUCAGGGUGAUGAAAAUGAUAUUAUGAUGCCACUAGUGGCCAGUAAUUACCCGUCUACAAGUUCUGCAUCAGGAAAAUGCAUCUCGGGGUUGAAUCCAACAUCCACAUCUGGUCCCCGAAAAGGGUUGUUCUCAGAGCUAGGAAUUGAAGAACUUUUGGCUGGAUCAAAUAAUUCUACCUGUUUAACUAAAUCAAAUUUGGAGGAUGAAUCAUCAUCAUCCCCACUGAAAAGGAGGAAAAUAGAAAGCUCAUCUGUGAGCAGUAAUCAAUCUCACUUGUCAAGGUUUGCUGACUCUAAUGGUAACAUGAGUUUGUUGCAAUAUAACAUGGAGAAGACAACAAACAGUCUUGUAAACCAGAAGGAGCUUCCAAAAUCACAGGUUGGCUUAUGGAUUGAUGAUAGCUAUAGCAUCAUUGGUGCAAGCAGCAGCACUGUUCUAUCACAAUCACAGAUGGCUGAGGAGCCUAAAAAGGUUGUCAGGAAGAGGGCAAGGCCAGGGGAGAGUACUCGGCCUAGACCAAAGGAUCGUCAGCUAAUCCAAGACCGAAUCAAAGAGUUGAGAGGGAUCAUUCCUAGUGGGGGAAAGUGUAGCAUUGAUUCUUUGUUGGACCGGACAAUCAAAUACAUGCUUUUCUUGCAAGGCGUGACAAAAUAUGCUGACAAGCUCAAGCAAUCCAACAAGCCUAAGUUAAUCAACAAUGACAAUGGCGCGGUUCCAAGAGACAACAACACCAGUAGCAGUGCUGGUGGGGUUACAUGGGCUUUCGAAGUUGGGGGUCAAUCGAUGGCUUGCCCCAUUAUCGUUGAGGACCUUAGUCCACCUGGCCAAAUGCUUAUUGAGAUGCUUUGUGAGGAACAUGGAUUCUUUCUCGAGAUAGCUGACAUUAUUCGAGGCUUUGGUUUAAGUAUAUUGAAAGGAGUAAUGGAAGUACGUGGGAACAAGAUAUGGGCUCAUUUUAUUGUUGAGGCAAGUAGUCAUGUAACAAGAAUCGACGUAUUCUGGUCGCUUGUCCAGCUUCUUCAGCAAACAAGUACUACUGAUGGGAUUGAUUCAAAAAUUCUGCCAAGUAAUGUUGUUAUGGAUGGUGGAAUUCCUCUAUUCGACAAUUACCAGAAACCAAGCUUACCUCCUCCAAUCUGCUUGACCGAAACACUUCACUGAUCGAAUAGUCAUGUGUAUAGAUUAAGCGAGUGAGGGAUACCUUGAGCAUUCAGCUGAGAAUGCCUGCCAUGAUGGGCGUUCUGGGAUGGAAAGUGCCUUGAGAACGAAGUUUUAAAAAAAGGCGCUACCCUGCAAGCGGAACUGAAGUGUGGCAUUAUGUUAUUAGAGACUAGGAAAGACAUUCAAAGAGAAGAUGAUGAUCAUUAUGGCCACUCCUUUGAAUUAGUUCCCAUUGAGAAAAGCAGUAAGAAGAAGCUGAUCUAGGGUGGAAUCAGACAUCACCGAGGCGUUGUGAAUUAUUUCUCUUGAUAUUUUUUUGUUUCUUUUGUUUUGUUUCUUUUUUGAAGAUUUUGUUUUGAGUUCCCUUUCUCAUUAGGGUGCUCAUGUUCUAACUUGUUAAUAUUUAGAAGGUGGUGAUAAACUGCUUAGUCAUAGGCUAACAAUAUAGUUCAUUUAUUUCAUGGUGUUUAUGUUGCUGUUUCACCAACUAAUAAUCAUGGAAUCUCUCUCUCCAAAUACAAUGUUAGAAUAACUUUCAUAUAGCCAUGAAAAAAUUAUAGUAAGAAAUUAUAACAUUUUUUUAA